AAGCAUGCGCAUGACACUGAGCGCUCAAGGAGUUCACGUCGACCCUAAGAAGAUCGAAGCUUUAUGCACGUGGAAGACACCCGAGAACGUGAAGGAGCUGCAGCAGUUCCUAGGCUUCGCUAACUAUUACAACAGGUUCGUGCCACAGUAUGCGAAAAUCGCCGCACCACUCACGAAUCUGCUGAAGAAGAGCACGCCCUACAAGUGGGAACCAAAACAUCACGAAGCCGUGGAGCAGCUGAAACAAGCACUCACGUCCACACCCGUACUCAUCUUGCCAGACCCCAAACGCAACUACGUCAUCGAAGAUGAUGCUAGUGACCAGGCAGUGGGAGCAGUCUUGAUGCAAGACCAGGGGAAUGGACUACCAAUCGCCUCCCUUGGGAAAAAAUGCACGGGGCAGAACUAAAUUAUCCGAAAAACAACCGUUUA